ACAUGCAUAUUUGUCAUGUAAGAUAAUAUAAGAAAAUAUGCAGUAAAAAUUUACAAUACCAGUGAAUUGAUUAUUGUUUUUAUUUUAAAAAAAGGUUUUGAAGUGGGAGAUUUACCAACUCACGGGAGCUGCAGGCAACAAAAGUCCAAAGCACACACUGUCGUUUUGCUUACAAAUCAACUUAUUUAUUGUCCCUACACGACAGAUUCUGUUUUUUGUUUUUCAAACACAACUUCAAUUUUUUUUGGGGUUUUUAGGUACAUUUCCCUCCUCUUUCAAGACUCAAGGGAUUUGAAUCUGGAUCUGUUUUUGUAUUUGAACUUGGAAAUAUUUUGAAUUUUCUUCUGUGUUAGUUGUGAAGUUGAAGUUUAAGAUUUUACCAAUUUGGUUUUGUUUGUUGAAUGAAAAAAACAGUAUGAGUAUGACCAUUGAUCCCUCUAAUUGCAACACAAAAUGCAGAACAAGUUCUACAAGUAAGAAGAUGGAAGAAGAAGAAAAGGAAGAAGGUCUGAGAACUGUGGAGUGUCUAAGAGGGAGACUACUUGCAGAGAGGCAAGUUUCAAGAUCUGCAAAAGAAGAAGCAGAGCUUAUUACAAGAAAGAUGGAAGAGUUGGAACGUAAUCUAAAAGAAGAGAUAAGAUUAAGGGAAAAAGCAGAGAAGAGACUAAAGUUUCUGAUGAAAAAACUUGAAUCCAUUAAAGGGUCACGCAGUUCGGAGGGAUCAAAUUCAUCUGAAGUUUCUUGUAUAUCAUCGGUUUGCACUUCAGCAUCCAAGGAAGAAGAAGAAGAAACUCAUGAAAAUGGAGCCGUGGAUGAAGAGAAAACUGAUCAUGCAACUGGAAAUGUUGCUUCCAUGGAAGAAGCUGAUUCAAAAUCAAAGCUCAAAGAUGUUGCUUCAACCUCAAGUCAUGAAGAAGAAUCACAGGCUGGUAAUGAGUUUUCUUGGUACUCAGAUGCAACUUAAGAUUUGAAGACUCAAGAAUGUCCAUUUCUCAUCCCCUAAACAACAUUUGAUCACAACCGUUUCUCUCAUAGUGAUUAUGAUGUUACUAAUACUAUAGUAUAUACUAGUUUUGUUUAUCAAUAGUCCAAGUAUGAGCUCGAUAGAGGUGAUUGAUGGUAUUGAAGAUACCAAUGAACAAUAACAAGAACAGAGAAGGCCAAGAUCGAAGAGAGAGAGAGAGAUGCGUAGACGAUGUAUGUCAUGUGUGUCUCUUUCUUCUUGUGUUUUUUGUUCUCAAAGAACGAAAGUGACGUUUCUUGGAAAUUAGUAAUAUAGACCGAACAAAGGAAGCAGUAUAUAUUUUUUCAUUGCAAUUUCGAACACCAUUUUUUAUUAAGCUUUGUUUCCCA